AUGGAUAUACCAGAAUCAUUUAACUUUGUUAUACAUAAACAGAACCAUGUGUAUGCUGAAGGAAAGGUUGAGAGGGAACAUUCUUUUGAAAACAUCACAGUCGAUAUUGAAAAUGUGAAAAAAAGAUGUAGGCAGACCCUUACAAAACAAGAACUGUACUCAUCUCUUCAAAAUGGUGGACUGUCUUUUGGAGAAAAUCUUCAACUUGUUGAAACUUCCUUAAAAGGUGAAACUGAGGUCUUGUCACAUCUGUCAUUGAAUCCAACUAUCAAGGAUGAAAUGAAAGAAACAACAAUUCACCCAGCAAUUUUAGAUUCCAUGCUUCAGACUACAGGCUGUUUCUACCAACAGGGAUCAGAAAGACAGAGAGCUUUGCCAAUCCAAAUAGAAGGUCUCAGGAUACUAAGACCUGUUGAAGAGAAAAUGCUUGUGUACACAACAAUUCUGAAACGAACCAGUUCCAUGAACCUAUUUCGUAUAUCUCUCAUGUCACUAGAAGGAACUGUAAUAGCUGAUAUUGAGAAAUUUGUCACUAAAAAUCUGGGUGCACAGAAAGAUGAAAUGAUGUUUGAUACACAAUGGAGUCCAAUCAAAACACUACUUAAAUAUGAUAUUCAGAUGGAUCCAUCAGAGAAAUGGCUGAUGAUUGGUAACAAGGACCAAAACACUGUUACAAACGAACACAUAAAUUUCGAGUUCCUAGAUUUUGACAACUUGGAAAGAUAUUCAGCAAUAGUGUUUUCUUGGCAGCAGCAAAUUGAAGAGGACCCAUCCAGUGAGAUACUCCUUGAACAAAUCACCAGGCAGGCAAUGACUCUGAAAAGUCUGUUGCUGCAGCUCUACACUCGUAACGCAAGUAUCCCCUUGUUCAUAGUAACAGAAAAUGCUGUACACAUUGAAAACAAAGUCUCGUCAAUAGAUCUGGUGGCCGGAUCCUGUUGGGGAUUUGUAAGGUCAAUACUAAGAGAACAGGUCUACAUUAUGACAACCAUUGUUGACAUACAUACAGAUGAGAAUACUAAAUUUGAAACCUUAAUGUAUGCGACAAUACAACAGUUGAUGUCAGAAGAUAAUCAAGGACUUGAUGAAUUUGUUGUUGAUGGAAAUUCUAUUUGGUGUCAGCAAGUCUUUCCAAAUGACGAUAUGCCAUUAUAUCGAAACAACAAGCUUGAUACACUCUGCAAAGCAAGUCUGUUGUCAAGGAAUAAAAACAGUCUUUCAAAACUAUACCUUACCUAUGACAGUCACGUAGCACAAUGUGAUCUACCGCAGCCUGUAGAAAUCAUGACAACAAGAGUUGUUAUGCAUGACUCACAUUUGUAUCCACAGUGUUCCCCAGAAACAAAAGUAGUCACUCUUGAAUUUAUUGGAACACUGUCUACAGGAAAUGAUGAUCAGCAAAACGUGGUAGCGUUUUUCCCAUCCAGAGUUAAUACAUUCAUGACAGUUCCAAAACAAUGUAUUAUUGAGAUCACCAACAUGCCAUGUUAUGCACCAGGACUUGUAACAACACUUGUUUUGUUUUGGCACCAUUGCAUGCUAAUUGACAAUCAAAUAGAAACAUCAGAUACAAUGUAUAAAAUGUUUGUAAGGUGGAUUGGGAAGGCACACUCCAACAUGACAAAUGUCAUGGAUAUAUUCAUUAUUUAUUCUAAUGUUACUCGUUUUGUGGCAGAGGCACUUUCCAUUAUGCUUAAAGCAGUAAAAAGAAAUGCUAAUAUACAACUAGUUGAUAUCAGCAGUUCUGGUUUAAUACCGAGAUAUUCUGAAUCUGUCAUUGUGACAACCAUUCAACUAGACAACCAAACAAUUAAAACAAUUUGCAGCAUGUGGCCUAAAGCGAAACGCCUUGUCUGUAUGGAUCAGAUACUACCAAAAAAUGCCAACCUACAACUGUAUCAUCAAAAUCAAAAACUACAAAUACAAGUUGUCAAGACCAGUGACAUUUUCACACCCAGAUCAGCAAUGGACACCAUGCCCAAUCUAAUAACAUGGAUUCUGGGUCACAAGAGUGAAGUCAAAACUAUUGCUGAAAUACUCCAACACGUUGCUCCCCAACAAAAAGAAACAAAUCUUGCAAACUUGAUACAAAACUCAACAAUUCAAUUUCGUGAUAAUUAUGGACAAAACAUCCAAAAUGUUCUUGCUUCUGAGGAUGCCUUGCUUCGUCUAGAUGGUGUAUAUAUUGUAGUUGGUGGUCUGACAGGGCUUGGUUGGGAAUGUGUCCAAUUCCUGGCAAAACGGGAAGCUGGGGCAGUUGUCAUACUAAAUCGCCGAAUGGUACAAGAGGAUAAAUUACAUGAAAUAGGAAACAUUGAACAAAAAUAUGGUUGUGAAAUAAAUGUCAUGCAGGCUGAUGUGACUAACAUGCCAUAUCUGAAAAAGGUAUUUAAAACAAUUGAAGACAAAUUUCCAAGAAAACAGUUAAAAGGUGUCUAUUUUGGAGCAGGUGUGCUUGAAGACAAAAUUUUGAUCAAUAUGUCACGAGAUACAUUUAUGAAGGUUGCAGCACCCAAGAUACAAGGGGCUUGGAACAUGCAUGCACUUACAAAAAACAAGCCUCUUGAUUUUUUCAUCAUGCAUUCGUCCAUAACAGCAGUAUUUGGUAAUGGUGGUCAGUCCAGUUAUGGAGCAGCCAAUGCUUUCCUGGAUUCAUUAGCACAAAAACGCAGACCAGCUGGACUUGUGGGGCAGAGUGUUAACUGGGGACCUCUGCGUCUUGGGAUGCUGCAGGAUAAACCAGAUGUUGUGAACACUUAUGAAGAACAAGGAUAUACACCACUUAGCAGAGAGGAUAUCCACAAAUGUCUCAUGCUCAUACUCAUGCAUGACAAGCCUACUAUCAUUGCUGGUAAAUUCAACUCCAUCAAACUGGCCGAUAGUAUAACAAAUGAGCAUAAUAUGGCUGUACAGUUCAAGUUAAGCUCCAUACUUGAUGUUCCAACCCUGGAGAAUUUACCAAAGGAAAAAAUCAACAGGAAGCAUCGUAUCGAUCUAGAACAACUAAAAGUUGCUGACACUGGCAUUAGAUUGGAAAUAAUUAGAGACUACACCACAGAAUUACUCACAGAUGUACUUAGCCUUAACAAUGUAACUCUUGAAUUAGACACGGGUGUUGUGAACUUGGGACUGGAUUCUGUGCAAGCAAUGACCAUGAGCAACCACAUCCAUCAAACCUUCCAAGUGCGGAUUUCUCCAAAUGGGUUUCUCCAGCAAAAUCUUUCAGUGAAUGAAAUUGCAGACAUUAUUAACUCAAAAUUCACGACCUCUGUUGAUAAUAUGGUAAGACAAGAUGUUUCUUUUCUAGCCACUUCUCUGACGCCAUAA